CGGCCAGCACCCGGAGCAGGCCCGGCAGCGGAGCGGAGCGGCGGCACCAUGCAGGUCACCCUGAAGACUCUGCAGCAGCAGACCUUUAAGAUCGACAUCGACCCGGACGAGACGGUGAAAGCACUGAAAGAGAAGAUUGAAUCUGAAAAGGGUAAAGAUGCCUUUCCUGUAGCGGGUCAAAAAUUAAUUUAUGCAGGCAAAAUCCUCAAUGAUGAUACUGCUCUAAAAGAAUAUAAAAUUGAUGAGAAAAACUUUGUGGUGGUUAUGGUGACAAAACCCAAAGCAGUGACAACACCAGCACCAACAACAACUCAGCCAUCGAAUCCUGCCACCACUACCACGAUUAGUUCCUCCACGGCACCAGCUGUGGCUCAGGUCCCAACCCCCGCCCCUGCUUUGGCUCCCACUCCCACACCUGCAUCUGUCACUCCAGCAUCAACGACAACAACUUCUGAAUCUGCACCUGCUAGUGCAGCAAAACAAGAGAACCCUGCAGAAAAGCCAGCAGAAACACCAGUGGCUACUAGCCCGGCAUCAACUGACAGUACAUCAGGAGAUUCUUCUCGGUCAAACCUUUUUGAAGAUGCAACAAGUGCACUUGUGACAGGUCAGUCUUACGAAAAUAUGGUAACUGAGAUCAUGUCAAUGGGCUAUGAACGAGAGCAAGUAAUUGCCGCCCUGAGAGCCAGUUUCAACAACCCUGACAGAGCAGUGGAGUAUCUUUUAAUGGGAAUUCCCGGAGACAGAGAAAGUCAAGCUGUGGUGGACCCCCCACCAGCAGCUAGUACUGGGGCUCCUCAGUCUUCAGUGGCUGCAGCUGCAGCAACUACAACAGCAACAACUACAACGACAAGUUCUGGAGGACAUCCCCUUGAAUUUUUACGGAACCAGCCUCAGUUUCAACAGAUGAGACAAAUUAUUCAACAGAAUCCUUCUCUUCUUCCAGCAUUGCUACAACAGAUAGGUCGAGAAAAUCCUCAGUUACUACAGCAAAUUAGCCAACAUCAGGAACAUUUUAUUCAGAUGUUAAAUGAACCAGUUCAAGAAGCUGGUGGUCAAGGAGGAGGCGGCGGAGGUGGCAGUGGAGGGAUUGCAGAAGCUGGAAGCGGUCAUAUGAACUACAUUCAAGUAACGCCUCAGGAAAAAGAAGCUAUAGAAAGGUUAAAGGCAUUAGGAUUUCCUGAAGGACUUGUGAUACAAGCAUAUUUUGCUUGUGAGAAGAAUGAGAACUUGGCUGCCAAUUUUCUUCUACAGCAAAACUUUGAUGAAGAUUGAAAGGGACUUUUUUUUAAAAUCUCACACUUCACACCAGUGCAUUACACUAACUUUGUUCACUGGAUUGUCUGGGAUGACUUGGGCUCAUAUCCACAAUACUUGGUAUAAGGUAGUAGAUUGUUGGGGGUGGGGAGGGAGGGAUCUAGGAUAUAGGGCAGGGAUAAAUACAGUGCAUGUCUGCUUUAAUUAGCAGAUGCUGCAGAUCCACACAGUAUGUAAAAUAGACAACCAAAAACCAGCUUUUGCAGGUCUUUAUAUCUUGUAUAAAACAGUAGGUAACUUCCUAGGUUUCACUCUUUUUAGUGUAAUAGAUCCAGAAAUUUAGUGUAAUGCCCUGCUUAAUAUUUCUUUGACUUAAUGUUGGUUUCAGAAAGAAUCUCUGCUACCUAGAAUCUACAGUCUCUUAUUUCAUGGCAACACUGGAUAAUGGCUUUAUGAAAUUGAAAAAAAAAUUGGAACAUCUAUAAACAAAUGCCAAAUUAUUGAUGGGUAUUGUUGCUGCUUCAAAUAAGUAUAAAAUUAAUGUCAAGAAAGCCCAUUCUUUCAUGUUAAAUACUUGGGAUGGGGGAGGGAAGAAGGGGAACCUUUUCUUAAAACGAAAAUAAUUACUGCUAUUUUCAAAUCUCUUGAUCAUUGAAUGUGAGACCCUUCUAACAUGAUUUGAGAAGCUCUACAAGUAUAGGCAGAGUUAUUUUCCUGUUUACAUUUUUUGGUUUGUUUUGGGGGGGAAAUUGGUAGGUGUCUAAUUACUGUUUACUUCCUUGUUAUAUUGCAGUAAAAGUUUUAAAAC